GCACGAUUUGUAUCUCUAUUUCCAAAUGUAUCAGAUAAUUUUCUCUACUCAGGAGUUGAAGAUUUGUGGAGUACGUGCGAUCAAUUCGUUUCAGUCCGAUUAGGAGACGAGGAAGAACACGCAAUUCUUCUUCGUAACUUUUUUAAAGCAAUGGGCAAAUCAGUCUAUUUAAUAGCUGGGCGGGCUAUUCCUGAGGGAAACACGUUUUAUGUACUCACUGAAGAACAGCCCGGAGAUUACGUCAUUUGGAACCCAGUCACUGCCCAGCAUUGGCCAGUUGAGGACCAACAUGGAGCUUUGAUAACUGGAUUUCCGAUUAAUUUAACAUUUACGACGAUAAAAGCAGUGGUCGAUGCUACGUUUGCAAUGGGAAUGCACGAUAUUGUUGGAAAUGACGUUGAAUUUGCUCUCGCAGUGCAUGUUUAUGCUUAUCCCUGCGACAUCUUCAGCGUGUGGGUCUAUUUCGGGAAUAUGAUUAGGAUUUAUGACGUUUAA